GCUUCUUUCAACAGCAGCAACAGUCAGUCAGCCACCUCGAUAGCUUGCUAGCCAAUAUAGCUGAACCAAUAAAGCUCUUUAGACGCUUUCGUGUAUAGUAGGAACUGUGUUCUAAACACAUCUCUGUCGUCUUGUUAGUUAUCCCACUUACUUUCAUAUUUGCGUUGUUGCUGUUAUUAGUCAGCUAGCUGGCUGGCUAAGUUAGCAUUAGCCUAGCUAGCGAAAAUCCCCGACCAUGAGUUCACUAAGCUACUCUCCUCCUGCCAAAGAAGAGGAGGUCUGCUGGACGGAGAAAGAAGGUCUGUGGCUGAACAUUGCCGUAAAAGAGGAGAAGGAAGAGGAGGAUGUUACAACACAAAAACAAGUAGAGGGCGAGGCUGUUACCGUGAAAGAAGAAGAGAUAGACGUUACAGUGAAAGAAGAGGAAGACUCGUUUAGAGUGAAAGAGGAAGAGGAUGUUACAGUAAAAGAAGAGGAGGAUGCAGUUUUUGGAAUGAAAGAGGAGGAGGCGGAGAUGACUGUCACAUCGAAAAUGGAGGAGGAAGAAGAAGAGGAAACUGGAUAUCUGGGCCUGGUUUCCCAAAGGCAUCUUAAGGCAUCCAAUGGUUCUAAUGAUGAACUCAGCCAUAAGGUGCUUUUGAGAAACAAGGCCCUGAUUAACACUCGAUCAGUGUCUCUAAAUAUGGACAGUUGCUGCUCUGACGAAAUUGACCGGGAGAGUGACACAGAAGGAAUGGAUGAGGACUCUGUGAGUGACCACAGUUAUGAUUCCAGCGCGGAAGAAAUGUUUUUGGAAGGAAAAGAUCCACUUUUAGAUCAUGGUAGAGACUCUGACUCUGAUGACCUCUGGGUGCCACUCCAAAGAGACCACAGUCCUCCAUCCCCUACUCAUUCAAACGUAGGAACUGGUUCCUCCAGUAUGACCCCUGCUGCUGCUGCCUCUGGCUCCACACCCACCCCGGCCCGGCCAUCUAGAGUUGUGAAGAAGUCAGCCCAGAAGCGGAAGAGGGCCAGUGAACCAGCGGCAACUACCACCGAGGCAGAGGACCGCUGGCACACUGUGCUAGAGGAUGACGUGGAGCCACUUCCACCAACAUUUAGACCGAAAAGGCAGCCAGGACCUCAGCUGGACAUGACUGCAAAGUACAGCCCCCUUCAUCUUUUCCAGAUGUUUUUCUCCUUGUCAGUUCUUGAUUCGCUGGUGUCUAACACCAACAAGUAUGGGGCUAAGAAACAAGUAGGCAAGAAAGAGGCAUGGAAGCCCGUUUCCAUCCAAGACCUGUACUGUUACAUCUCACUGGUCAUCUACAUGGGGCUGGUGAAGUUGAAUAACCUGAAGGACUACUGGAGAAGCUCAACACUCUACCAACUGCCUUUCCCCACCACUGUCAUGUCUUCUAACAGGUUUCUGACUAUCUCACGGGCACUUCAUAUCAGUGACCCACAAGUUGACGAAGACAAUGACAAGAAGAGAGGCACAGCAAGCUUUGAUAGGCUCUGCAAAAUCAAACCUCUCUACCCCAGCAUGGUUGAGGCCUGCAAGACCCAUUUUCAGCCCAACCAGAACCUGUACAUAGAUGAGAGGAUGGUAGCCUCAAAGGCUGGAAUUGGCCGGAAACAUUAUAUGCGUAACAAGCCAACAAAAUGGGCUUACAAGCUGUUUGUUUUGGCCGAUUCUGUGUGUGCCUACACUUGGAAUUUUUUUGUUUAUGAGGGGAAAUCCAUCCCAGACACCGGUAAGGGACUUAGUUAUGAUUCCGUUAUGGAAUUAUUGGAUUUUCAACUGCUGGGGACGGGCUACAAACUGUUUGUGGACAACUUCUACACAAGCCCUACCCUGUUCACAGACCUGAGGAAGCUGAAUGUGUGGGCUUGUGGCACCAUUUGUCCCAACAGAGUGGGUUUUCCCAAAACAAAAGUCAACGACAUGCCUAAGAGGGCUGAUAGGGGUACCAUGCGAUGGAUUUGUAAAGAUGACCUGCUCUUUGUGAAGUGGAUGGAUACCAGAGAGGUGGUCAUGUGCUCCAGUAUCCACAAAUCGUACAGUGGCAAUCACGUCGGCAGGCGUGUGAAGGACGCUAAUGGGGAACAGACCACUAAAAAUGUCCCCAUUCCUGCUGCUGUGAAGGACUACAACAAGAGCAUGGGAGGUGUGGACCUGUCAGACGCUCUGAUAGGCUACAACAAUGUUCUCCACAAGACAAUGAAUUGGUACAGGACAUUGUUCUAUCACUUCAUCGACAUUGCUGUGGUGAAUGCAUUCGUCCUUCAUAAGGAAAUGGCUAAGAGCUGUGGACAGACCCCCAUGACACAGCUAGCCUUCAGAGAGCUGCUCAUCCAGGAGCUUGCUGGCUACGGCACAAAGUCCACUGCAGCACCUUCUGUCCGCUCUACAUCUGUCCCCUCUACUCCUGUCGCCAGUGGUGUUCACCUGCCAAAAUACAUCACUGCAGACCUGAAUGUGCCUCUGGGUAAAAAGAGCACAGCAGGGAGGCGUCGUUGUGUUCUGUGCCACAAGAAAUCUCCCAUCACCUGCUCUACUUGUUCUGUUACCCUCUGCUUGACAGCAGAGAGAGACUGCUAUGGGCCUUGGCAUCAGCAGCACAAUCUGGUGUAGAGGUGUUACCCUCUGCUUCACAGCGGAGAGAGACUGCUAUGGGACUUGGCAUCAGCAGCACAAUCUGGUGUAGAGGUGUUACCCUCUGCUUCACAGCGGAGAGAGACUGCUAUGGGCCUUGGCAUCAGCAGCACAAUCUGGUGUAGAGGUGUUACCCUCUGCUUGACAGCAGAGAGAGACUGCUAUGGGACUUGGCAUCAGCAGCACAAUCUGGUGUAGAGGACUGUGGGUGUUCUAAAUCCUCUAAUUGUAAAUAAAUAAAUCACUUUGUGUGUGGUUUGCCUCACAAAAGUCCUCAAUUGGCAGCUUCAUUAUCCUGUUAGGCGGGCUGUCCCGACGUCGGUACACUUAUGACAACAUCCAGCUCUAUUGCAGGGCGCGAAAUUCAAAAUCUAUUUUUUUUAAAUAUUUAACUUUCACACAUUAACAAGUCCAAUACAGCAUUUGAAAGAUAAAAAUCUUGUCAAUCCAGCCAACAUGUCCGAUUUUUAAAAAUGUUUUACAGAGAAAACACCACAUAUAUUUAUGUUAGCUCACCACCAAAUAAAAAAGAGGACAGACAUUUUUCACAGCACAAGUAGGAUGCAAGUAGCAUGCACAAGCCAACCUAACUAACCUAGAACCAACGUAAAUAACCUAGAAAAAACUACCUCAGAUGACAGUCCUAUAACAUGUUACACAAUAAAUCUAUGUUUUGUUAAAAAAAUGUGCAUAUUUUAGCUAUAAAUCAGUUUUACAUUAGUGCUACCAUCAUAGCUAGUCAGAAAUCGCACAGGAGUAGCCAGAGUAAAUACAGACACCAACGUCAACUACCUAAUUACUCAUCAUAAAACAUUUCAGAAAAAUAUAUGUUGUAUAGCAAAAUGAAAGACAAAGAUCUUGUGAAUACAGACAAUAUUUCCGAUUUUUUAAAGUGUUUUACAGCGAAAACACAAUAUAUCGUUAUUAGCUUACUGCAAUGGCUAACACACAACAACAUUGAUUCCAAGUAAUCGGUAGCGAUAGCACAGCUCGACAGAUAUAUUAAAUAGCAUCCCAAAUUGGGUCCUUAUCUUUGUUGAUCUUCCAUCAGAAUGUUGUAAAGGGGUCCAUUGUCCAGUACAGUCUUUGUUUGGGAUCCAGAACGAACUAUUUCCCUCUUGAAUUAGCAAGCACACUGGCCGUGCGGCGCUAACCUCUCCUUCUUCAACAAUUCUUCCAAAGCAUCACGUCUAAAGUCCCAAAUAAAUUUCAAUAAUAUAAUUAAACUAGAUUGAAAAAACAUACUUUAGGAUGAUAUUGUGACAUGUAUCAAGUCAAAUCGAAGCCGGAGACUAUAUUCACGUAUAACGACAGUUUUCCAGGAGGCAAUACAAAGUCCAACUUCGCGCCUGGGAGAAAAAAAAUUAUGGCGGUCCUCUCACUCCAAGAGGCUGUAUUCAAGCCCUGAACGAGAUAUUCAAGUCCUUUCUGCUCUCACUUCCGCAUGACACCCAGGGGAAGACGUAUGACGUGUUUAUAUGGUCCCAAGUGACAUGCCCUUUUAUAGACAAGGUCUUGAAGAGAGACAUCGAUUUUGGAAAUCUCACUUCCGGAUAGGAAAUGGGCUGUAAAAAUAGUUCUGUUCCACUUAGAGAAAUAAUUCAAACGUUUUUAGAAACUAUAGACUGUUUUCAAUCCAAUAGUAGUAAUAAUAUGCAUAUUGUAAGAGCAAAAAUUGAUUAAGAGGCCAUUUGAAAAUGGGCACAUAUUUUCCAGUUUUUCAAUACGCCCCCUGCAGCCAUAAGAAGUUAAAUAGUACCCGCCAAAACACAAGUCUCAAUGUCAACAGUGAAGAGGCAUCUACGGGAUGCUGGCCAUCUAGCCAGAGUUGCAAAGAAAAAGCCAUAUCUCAGUCUGGCCAAUAAAAAUUAAAGAUUAAGACGGGCAAAAGAACACAGACACUGGACAAAGGAACUCUGCCUAGAAGGCCAGCAUUCCAUAGCUAAUAAAUGUACCGUCAGAGCAAAUAUUUUUCUUUGUUUUUUUGUGUAUUUCAUUUUUUACUUUAGUUUAUUUCGUAAAUAUUUUCUUAACUCUAUUUUCUUAAAACUGCAUUGUUGGGUAAUUGUUUGUAAGUAAGCAUUUCACAGUAAGGUCUACACCUGUUGUUUGUAUUCGGCGCAUUUAACAAAUAAACUUUGAUUAGAUUUAGCUAUCCAGCCUGAUAAUACCAGUAAUGGUGUACACCUAAAUCAGCAUGUUGUUUGUGCAACAGUAUCUUCUAAAUCAAAGAGGAAUACGAGAAGCAAGAAUAUGUUAACUACAGGAAGUAGCUAAGAGAAAAUAUGUAGCCAAAGAUUAAACGGUGCUUUAGGAAACCCUUAUCAACACUUUGGUUCCUACCCUUUCAGAAUACAGUUGGAAGUCGGAGGUUUACAUUCACCUUAGCCAAAUACAUUUAAACUCUGUUUUUCACAAUUCCUGACAUUUAAUCCUAGUAAAAUUCCCUGUCUUAGGACAGUUAGGAUCACCACCAGGAAAUGCAGAAGUUGAUGAUAAUGCAGAACAUUAUCUUAGGUUGAAGUUGAGUUGAACAGUAUAAAACAAUCAGAAUGGAGAAAGACCCAUUGAAAUCUCUUAGAAUGUAUG